CACGUGGAUGUCUGGCCCCGCCCCUUGCCGGAGCGCGGUGGUGGCUGCGGGCUUGGCAGUUGCAGAGGGAGGUCGUGGAGCCGGUCAGGGCACGAGUGGUGCGAAGCUGCUCCUCGGCCCUCGCGAACACUCCGUCGCUUCGUCUUAGCUCGCACCCCCGCUUCCUUCUUCGAGAUGUCUUCUGUGCCGGACGCGGCCGGUGGAGACGAGCUGAAGCAGGCGAAAGAGAUGGAGGACGCCGAGAAGUACUCCUUCAUGUCCACGCUCACCAAGGCGCCCAAGAAGCAAAUCCAGUUUGCGGAUGAUAUGCAAGAGUUCAGCAAAUUCCCAACUAAGACUGGUCGCAGGUCCCUCUCUCGCUCUAUUUCACAGUCUUCCACUGACAGCUACAGCUCUGCGGCAUCCUACACAGACAGCUCUGAUGACGAAGUUUCCCCUCGAGAAAAGCAGCAAACUAAUUCCAAGGGCAGUAGCAAUUUCUGUGUUAAGAAUAUCAAGCAGGCAGAGUUUGGGCGCCGAGAGAUAGAGAUUGCUGAGCAAGAUAUGUCUGCACUGAUUUCACUAAGAAAACGAGCUCAGGGGGAGAAGCCUUUGGCUGGAGCUAAAAUAGUGGGAUGUACACACAUUACAGCACAGACUGCGGUCUUGAUUGAAACACUGUGUGCGCUGGGUGCUCAGUGCCGUUGGUCUGCUUGCAACAUUUAUUCCACUCAGAAUGAGGUGGCUGCUGCCUUGGCUGAGGCGGGUGUUGCUGUGUUUGCCUGGAAGGGAGAAUCCGAAGAUGACUUUUGGUGGUGUAUUGAUCGCUGUGUAAAUGUGGAUAGCUGGCAGGCUAACAUGAUCUUGGAUGAUGGGGGAGACCUGACCCAUUGGGUUUAUAAGAAAUAUCCAAAUGUAUUUAAGAAGAUCAGAGGCAUUGUGGAAGAGAGUGUAACGGGUGUGCACAGGUUAUACCAGCUAUCAAAGGCUGGGAAACUGUGUGUUCCAGCAAUGAAUGUUAAUGACUCUGUCACCAAACAGAAAUUUGAUAAUCUGUAUUGUUGCAGAGAAUCCAUCUUGGAUGGAUUAAAGCGGACAACUGAUGUGAUGUUUGGAGGAAAACAAGUGGUGGUGUGUGGCUAUGGUGAGGUUGGAAAGGGAUGCUGUGCAGCUCUGAAAGCCCUAGGAGCCAUAGUUUACAUCACAGAGAUUGACCCCAUCUGUGCUCUUCAAGCCUGUAUGGAUGGGUUUCGGGUAGUGAAGCUCAAUGAAGUCAUUCGCCAGGUGGAUGUGGUGAUAACCUGCACAGGCAAUAAGAAUGUGGUGACUAGGGAACACUUGGACCGUAUGAAGAAUAGCUGCAUUGUAUGUAAUAUGGGACAUUCCAACACUGAAAUUGAUGUGGCUAGUCUUCGUACUCCAGAGCUGACCUGGGAGCGUGUACGUUCUCAGGUGGACCAUAUAAUCUGGCCUGAUGGCAAGCGAGUUGUGCUCCUAGCUGAGGGACGACUUCUCAAUCUGAGCUGUUCAACUGUUCCUACCUUUGUUCUGUCUAUCACAGCUACUACUCAGGCUCUGGCUCUGAUUGAACUUUACAAUGCUCCUGAGGGACGAUACAAACAAGAUGUGUACCUACUGCCUAAAAAGAUGGAUGAAUAUGUUGCCAGCUUACACCUGCCUUCAUUUGAUGCCCAUCUGACAGAACUAACGGAUGAUCAAGCAAAAUAUCUAGGACUCAAUAAAAAUGGGCCCUUUAAACCAAACUAUUACAGGUACUGAUGGACCAUAAUGCUGAAGACCAGACCACAUAAUCUACACAAGAGCUUUGGCAAGAAUAUUUUUAAAGAACUUUCAGAAACGUUUAAUUUUUUUUUCUUUCAUUAAUUUGAUUUUAUUGUGCCCCUCAUUCCAUUUUAAUAUUAUUUCCCUGUCUUUGUCUGACCCUGCAGACAAUCUGAGAUUCCCCUGCUGCAUCACCACUGAUACAGUAUAUUUCCACUUCCUCACCUCUGUUACUAGGAGGAGGAUUUCCUUUCAUGAUGAAGGGCUUUUCUUUUCUUGUGGUGACUAUUUUUUUUUAAUUUAAAAGUCUCCAGUGCACCUUAGUUCUAGUUGGUAUAUCUGCAAAAUAUUAAGAGUACUAUUUUUCCUGUGUGGAAUUAUCUGCAAAUUCUAAAUUGCCUUAAUGAGCCCAAUUUGUUAGCUGCUAGAUCAUUGCUCCUUUUCCUGCACUGGAACAGAGUUGACACCUUGUGGCCAGCUAGGUUAUAGGUAUAUAUUCAACAAAUACCUAAUCCUUGGUCUGAAUUGUUUGUGGGGGAAAUUUCUGUUAAUUUCUGUGGGGCUGAAUUUCAAAUACUGUUUAUGAUCAGCUAGGCUAUUUUUCCUACAUAAAAUGUGUAGCUGCAUGCCUGAUUACACUAAGCUUAAGGUCAGUUUUACCUUAAGUUGUUAGGGGGUUAGUCUUAAUUGAAAUGGAUAUUAUCUAUCCACUGUCUUCACCUCUCUGGAGGUUUUAGAUUUUAUUUUUGCUUGCUUUCAUCAAGCCAAGAUAAGCCAAUAUUAUAUUUUAAAAAGCCAUGGUGGGAAUUCCUUUUUCCUCCUGAAUUGGAGAAUUUUAAGGCAAAAUAUUUCAGUUAAUACAUUGCAGAAUUGUUUGGGGAUCACUAAGAAUCAGAUCAACCACUUUGAGCCAAGAUGAUCUUCCCUGUGCUCCAGCCCUUCAUAUACACAACAUAGGAGAUGCUUGGAUGAUGUAACAGCUUAGCUUCUCAGAUCCUAUUAAAAAUGAUUCAUUGUGUAAAGCAUCUCCAUCUUCAGGCUCCAUUUGUAGCAAAUGAAUAUUGAAGAUGGAAUCCUUUCCCAUCAUCACUGCUAUUUUAAAUGCUCUGAUUUAAUUACCUUAUCUUAGUAGGCUAGUGUAUUUUGUCCAGAUAACAAGAUUCACUGACCGCUUCUAUGAGAUCAUACUGCAGCCCAGACUUCAUAUUUUAGUUCCAUGAAAAAGAGGGGAAGCCCCAGCACCUUUAGAGAGAGACACAUUUAGCUUAAGGAGGGUGGUUCAAUCAAAUAAAUGUUGCCAUGUCUGAUCACUUCAAACUUGUGCUGAAGCCUCAAAGAGCAGUGACAAGCCAGACACUAUUGUGAAGCAUAGUAAAUACAUGACCAACCUUGAACUUUCUGUCUUUUUAUGUAACUUUGCAGAAAACUUAAUGUAAAUACAGAUGACAUUUCGAACCCCAUGUUCAUUAAAUCUGACAGUUGUAUGAUCCACACUGGGUUGGGUAGACUGUGGUCCUCCUCGGUAGUCUUUCACUGAGGAGCAUAAGUAGCCUGUGAUUUGAUGAGGAGCCUGAUAGCCACCAAACCUUAGUACACCCAUAAUGCCUGCUAUAUAAUUUUCCAAGUCGUAGAUUACUUUUAUCUCAAUGUACAAUCUGUCCAAGAUAGCUGCCCGCUUCCUCUUUGACAGUUGCAUGAUGGCAGCUAGGCUUUACACAGUGGUGCAGGCCCAUGACUGACUUUAAUGCAGAAGCUCCUCCCUCCCGCAGCUCAUCUGAUCAACCCAGUUUCCCAGAAUGUGGCUCUAAAUUAUGUUUGGCCAAAAUGAUCUUCCUUCUUGCUGAAGUAAGCCCUGGCCUCAGUGUACUCGGCUUCCUCUUCAACUGGUCUUUCAGUUUGUUUGCCACUUACCACAAUGGUUGUCUGUCAUUUUGUUUCUUAAUUCUGCAGCUCUAGUACCGCAGGCGCUGUUCCCUGGAUUGGUUUAAUCACACGGAGCCAAGUCUGUGUCCCUCCUGAAGCUCAGCAGGGCUCCUACAUUCCAUUUGUCUGCCUCUGUGUUGCAGUGUCAAUAGAUACCUUAGCUAAGGGCUCCAUCUCAGUAUAAGCCAUGGAAUAACUUCUCAUGCCUGGCGACACCUCAGUUCAGUCAGAGGGAGCAUGUUAUAGCAUCAACCCAGGUGGGGAUAGGUUUAUUUUGUAUAUGAAUGAUUUUUAAUGAAUGCAAUAUUAAUCCUUGCAGAUGAGCAAUAAAUCAUUACGCAAAGUCUGAAUAAAAUGAGCAGAAAAACUA